AGUGCUACGGACUCCCGGAAGUAGAGCAAGAUGUGACAUGCUAAGCUGAAAUGACCACUGUUUGUGAACAAGUAUCGAAGAAUUUCUCUUUGCUUAUGUUCCUAUAGAGUAACUUCGUAUUGACUGUAGCACACUGAAAAUGGAAACCAGCGACAAAGAAAAGAGACCUGCAGCCCUGAAGGAGGAGGGCAAUGCCCUGUUCAAGGCAGGAGAUAUGGAGGGCGCUCUCUGCUGUUACACCAAAGCUUUAAGGCUGAGUGAUAACCGAGAAGAAAGUGCUGUCCUUUACCGCAACAGAUCCGCCUGCUACCUGAAACUGGAGGACUUUAACAAGGCAGAGGCUGAUGCAUCCAAAGCUCUAGACACUGACCCAGGAGAUGUAAAGGCCAGGUUCAGGAGAGCUCAGGCUUUCCAGAAGCUUGGCCGUCUUGACCAGGCCUUCAUGGAUGCACAAAGAUGUGCCCAACUGGAGCCUAAAAACAAAGCCUUCCAGGAUCUGCUCAGACAGCUUGGAGCACAGAUCCAGCAAAAGUCGAUACAGUUAAACUCCACAGAUUCUCGUGUGCAGCAAAUGUUCUCACUCCUCUUAGAUGCAUCUGCCAGUGACUCAGAUCGACAAAAGGCUGCUCAGAAUCUAGUUGUGUUAUCUCGAGAAGAUGCAGGAGCUGAACAGAUCUUUCGAAAUGAUGGUGUGAAGCUUAUACAAAAACUACUUCAGUCAAAGCUGGAGGAUGUUGUUCUUUCUGCUCUGAGGACCCUUGUUGGGAUGUGUACAGGGCAUCAGUCCAGAACAAUGGCCAUAGUGAAUGAGUUGGGAAUGGAGCAGCUGUGUGCAGUAAUGGGAUCAGGAGCCUCUGCUGUGUCUCUGGCUGUCUGCCACCUGCUGCAGGUUAUGUUUGAGGCUCUGACAGAGGGCAUGAAAAAAGAGAUUAGAGGAAAAGAUGAGGCCAUUCUUCCAGAGCCAUCCAAAGAGCUAAGAUCUAUGCUACGCCACCUCUUGGAAAUGAUGCCAGCUUCCAAUGUGUCAGGGCAAGGCAGAGAUAGCGCCAUCAACCUCCUGGUCAAACAAGUUCCCCGCAAGUCCUUGAAAAAUCCAGAUAACUCCCUCACAUUAUGGGUGAUAGACCAGGGACUAAAGAAAAUCCUAGACGUGGCUGGUACUGUCCCUGAGCUCUCAGAAGGACCACCUCUUACAGAAAAUUCCCACAUGAGUUGCUCUGUCUUGCUUAAUAAACUCUAUGAUGACCUAAAGAGCGACAAAGAGAGGGAUAACUUCAACAAGCUAUGUGAAGAAUAUGUGCAACAACACUUUAGCAGACCUGGCCUUGACGGAAAGCUGCGGGCUAUCCAGACUGUAUCUGUGCUCCUCCAGGGACCAAGCGAGGUGGGCAACAGAACUCUAGAGAUGUCGGGAAUGAUGGAUGCGGUGAUCUCCUUGUGUGCUUCCGAAGAUGUGACGCACCAACAGGUGGCAGUGGAGGCUCUUAUCCAUGCUGCUGGGAAGGCCAAGAGAGCCUCCUUCAUCACAGCCAACGGUGUUGCUCUUCUGAAGGACCUCUACAAAAAGAGUGAGAAUGACAGGAUACGUGUCAGAGCCUUGGUGGGUUUGUGCAAGCUUGGAUCAGCAGGAGGGACAGAUUUCAGCAUGAAGCAGUUUGCAGAGGGAUCCACUCUUAAGCUUGCCAAGCAGUGCAGGAAGUGGCUGUGUAACGAGUCUUUACCCGCAACCUCCCGCCGAUGGUCAGUGGAAGGCCUCGCCUACCUCACAUUUGAUGCGGAUGUGAAAGAGGACUUGGUAGAGGACAAGAACGCCCUCCUGGCCAUGUUUGAACUAGCAAAGUCUGAAGAUAAGACUGUGCUCUUUGCUGUGGGCUCCACAUUAGUAAAUUGCACCAACAGCUAUGAUGUGGAGAAGCCAGAUCCACAGAUGGUAGAGUUGGCCAAGUAUGCAAAGCAACACGUGCCUGAGGAGCACCCCAAGGAUGCUCCCUCCUUUGUGGAGAAAAGACUGGUGAAGCUGCUGGAAGCUGGUGUGGUGUCUGCGUUGGUGUGUAUGGUCAAACAUGAGAAUCCUGCCCUCACUGAGGCCUGUAGGGAGUGUAUUGGCAGGGUCUUCCUUGCUCUGGUGGAGCGGCAGGAGGACAGAGGCGCAGUGGUGGCACAGGGAGGAGGAAAGGCUUUGAUACCACUGGCAUCUGACAACACAGAUGCUGGAAAAAUCAAAGCAGCACAAGCUCUGGCAAAAAUAACCAUCACAUCUAACCCAGAGAUCGCCUUCCCAGGAGAACGGAUCUAUGAAGUGGUGCGUCCCCUGGUCAGUCUUUUGAGUCUUGAAUGCACCUUGCUGCAGAACUUUGAGGCACUCAUGGCUCUCACCAACCUGGCUGGCAUCAGUGAAAGACUCAGACAAAAGAUCAUAAAGGAGAAGGCUGUCCCAAAAAUUGAAGGUUACAUGUUUGAGGAGCACGACCUGGUCCGAGCUGCUGCCACAGAGUGCAUGUGUAAUCUGGUUUUAAGCACAGAGGUGCAGAAGCUGUACCUGGCCACAGGAAAUGAUCGCUUGAAGUUGCUUGUGCUGUACAGUGGAGAGGAGGACGAGAGGCUGCGGAAAGCUGCUGCAGGAACUCUGGCAAUGCUGACAGCUGAGCAGCCUGAGCUCUGUGCUCGAAUCCCUGGAACAACAACCCACUGGCUAGAGAUUGUACAGGCGCUCUUGCUCUGUGAAAUAUCAGACCUGCGUCAUCGCGGAGUAGUCAUAGUCUACAAUAUGAUGCAGGCAGAGAAGAGUCUGGCUGAGACGCUCAUGGGGAGUGAAGCUCUGGAAAUUCUUUCUGUCCUGGCAAAGGGAGGGGAGGGCACGCCUGGGCCUGUUGCUAAGAUCGCUCAGAACUGUCUCGAUAAGGCUGUGGAGUAUAACAUCAUAAUGACCAGGGACAGAGAGCAAAACGGCAAAGAACUUGAACCAUGAAAGCACUUCUGCCGUGUGUGAAUGUGCCUCCUAGCAAAGUAAAAGUGCUCUAAGCAUUAGAUGGGACCAGUGAAGUCGUUUCAGUUUGCACAGUUUGGACAGGCACAAGCUGAAACACUCAAAUGUCUUAACCAGAAAUUUAAAGCAAUAAAAAAGGACAGGGAGGAAAAACACUCAAUAAAAAACCGGCUGAUACUUACAGUGUGUCACAGAUUAGCCUGUAGUUUUUGUUUCACAAUGCUUUUACAUGGGUUUUAUUUAUCUUUGUUAUAAUUACUUUCUACUGAGACCAAACUAGCAUUUUAUAUUCUUCACUGAAGAUUGGCAUGCUGUCAUUUUUUAUUAUGCGGACACAAAAUAUAACCAUAAUUAUCAUUCCACAUUGUCUUUAUAUUCAAAUGUAAAAGUGUAUCCACUUUAAUAUUCGUUCUUUUCAAAUAUAAUGAACUUUAAAAAGAAACAAAGCAAACACACAAUCAUACCCUUUUAUACCUGUCUGCUGUAUUUCAUGCCAGUAACAUUGUCAUUAUCACUCCACGGCACUUUCGAGUGUGAUGCCUUUAUGGCUGGUUAUUGUUGACUUUUACUGACUGAACAUAUGGGUAGUAAAAUAAAACUGCUCCUGAAUUUAA